UGAAACAACAUGCCGGAAGUAGGUUUUCUGGCUACAGAGUUCCCAGAGUUGGAAAGGUAACUGUAAAGUCGUGAGAAAAAAAAAAAAAACGGGAAUUGACGACAGAAGAAGAAAGGAGGACGCGACCAAGGCGAAUAAGAGUGUUUCUUGUUUUUUUGUUGCAUUUUCGUCCCCAGCUGCAGAUAAUACAAUGGGAUUACCAGCUCUGGAGUUCAGCGACUCUUUUCUGGACAGUCCUGAUUUCAGAGAUCGGCUGAAAUGUCACGAAAUUGAACUGGAUCGGACGAAUAAGUUCAUAAAGGAGCUCAUUAAGGAUGGCAACAUGCUGAUCAGCGCCCUGAGAAAUCUUUCUGCAGCUGUGCAGAGAUUUUCACAGUCUCUUCAGGAUUUUCAGUUUGAAUGCAUCGGCGACGCAGAAACCGAUGAUGAGAUUAGCAUUGCUCAGUCAUUAAAAGAAUUCUCUCAGCUAUUAAACACGGUUGAAGAGGAACGACGACGACUCAUACAGAACGCCGAUGACGUCUUGAUUGCGCCGCUGGAGAAGUUUCGCAAGGAGCAAAUCGGUGCUGCCAAAGACGGAAAGAAGAAAUUUGACAAGGAAACAGAGAAAUAUUAUACGCUUCUGGAAAAACACCUGAAUUUGUCCUCAAAAAAGAAAGAGACCUUUUUACAAGAGGCAGAUACUCAGAUCAAUAAGGAGCGACAGAUGUUUUGUGAUGCCUCUCUUGAAUACGUCUUCAAGAUCCAAGAAGUGCAGGAAAAAAAGAAAUUUGAGUUUGUUGAGCCGCUCCUGGCUUUCCUUCAAGGACUGUUCACAUUUUACCAUGAGGGUUACGAGCUGGCGCAUGAAUUUGAGCCUUAUAAACAGCAACUUCAGUUCAACCUACAGAAUACAAGGAAUAAUUUUGAGAGCACCAGGCAGGAAGUGGAGAAUCUGAUGCGUAGGAUAAGGUCAGCAGAACAGGACUUCAAAGCUCCAGGACAGUGGACUAUGGAGGGCUUUCUUUAUGUACAGGAGAAGCGUCCUUUGGGAUUCACAUGGAGUCGACACUACUGCACGUAUGACAAAGAGACUAAAAUGUUCACCAUGAGCAGCUCAGAAAUCAAAUCUGGCAGCAAACAGAACGGACUGGUUCUGAGUCCACCUGAAAUAUUCAAGCUCAAGUCAUGCAUCAGGAGAAGGACAGACUCCAUCGACAAGCGAUUCUGCUUCGAUAUUGAAGUAGUGGAAAGGCAUGGCAUCAUCACCCUGCAGGCUCUGUCUGAAUCCAACAGACGUCUGUGGAUGGAGGCAAUGGAUGGGAAAGAGCCAAUUUACACACUUCCAGCACUUCUAAACAAGAAAGAAGAAACAUUCCUAAAUGAGGCUGGGUUUAACUUCGUCAAGAAAUGCAUUCACCUUGUAGAGACAAGAGGUAUCCAAACGAUGGGUUUGUACAGAAUUGGAGGAGUGAACUCUAAAGUGCAAAGACUUAUGACUUCUGUGUUUGCCACUAAAGCUCCUGCAGACAUGGACCUCGACCCAGACACCUGGGAUAAUAAGACCAUCACAAGUGGACUGAAAAAUUAUCUCAGGUGUCUGGCUGAACCCCUGUUAACCUACAGACUUCACAAGGACUUCAUCAUGGCAGUCAAGUCAGACGAUCAGAGCUACAGGGUCUGUGCGGUUCACUCUCUCGUACACAAGCUGCCCGAGAAGAACAGAGAGAUGCUGGACAUCCUGAUCAAACAUCUGCUUGUCGUUUCCACACACAGCCAGAAGAAUUUGAUGACGGUAUCCAAUCUCGGUGUGAUCUUUGGCCCUACGCUGAUGCGCUCCCAAGAGGAGACUGUGGCCGCCAUGAUGAAUAUCAAAUUUCAAAACAUCGUGGUGGAAAUUCUCAUCGAGAACUACGAUAAGAUCUUUCAUCAGUCUCCAGAUCCCAACGUGCCUCUACCUCAGCCUCAGGCUCAGUCUCGUUCCAGCUCACGCCGCAGCAAAGCCAUCUGCCUAUCCUCAGGCCCACGCAAGUCCCGAGGCCUGUAUACGCCUGCUCUCUGCCUGGCUGAUGCUGACAGUGACACGUUCAGCAGCAGCCCCAGCAGCACACCCAUGGGCAGCCUGGAGUCUCUGUCCUCACACUCGUCAGAGCAGAAUGGCUGCUCUAAGGCGGCCUCUCCCUCACGCUCCAAACACAAGAUCUCUGGCAGCCUGUGCUGGACCACGCCGUCCCCGUCCUCUGACGGCCCUAAGAGCCCAGGUGGCACCACUAGUCCUGACUCCAGCUCCAAAGAGGAUGCAGCAAAGACAGACGGAGAGUGGGAGGAGGCUCUUAGUGUUCUCCCACCAGAGCGAGCUUCUCCAGCUCCGGAGCUGCCUAACAGAGCUGAGGAGGAGAACACAGAAGUGCAAAGAUCAGGCCGCAUCUCCAGCAUGUCCUCCUGCUCCUCCCUCACCUCCUUACACAUCUCUGAAGGUUUCCGGAGCUGCCAUGGUUCAGUUCAGAGUUUGGUUUAUUGCAGUAACAGAGACAGCCUGAAGUCACUGCCUUUACCAGACCUACCUGUUAAAGACACAGGAAGAUGCAGCCUGGACUCAACAGGGAGCAACGGAUACCAGAGACCUGGCUCCGUGCUGACCUCCAGAGCAGCGUCCUUCGAGAGCCCUGUGGUCUCCCAGCCAUCUUCUGCUGGAAGGGAGGCCAAAGCCAUGUAUUCCUGCCAAGCGGAGCACAGCCAUGAACUCAGCUUUCCUAAGGGAGCUGUCUUCAACAAUGUGCACCCAUCAGUGGAACCAGGGUGGCUCCAAGCUACUUAUAAUGGCAAAACUGGACUCAUCCCAGAGAAUUACGUGGUGUUCCUUUAGCCAGGCUUGAAAGGAGACAUAGCAAGUCCAUGGUAUCCAUGGUGAUCAUUUCUCCAUAAACGGAUUGUUUUGUACGUUCAUGAUAUGCAGUAUGUGAAUAGUUUGAAUGUGUUGACCAAAAAUGGUUAGAAAUACAACAUUAACCACAGAGUAUAUAUGUUUGAUGUAGAUAUUAGAAGUUUUCUAAAAAUAAAAAUAAUAAUAAUAUUUUAUGUUUCUUCCUGUUAUGCCUUUGGCCCUGUAAGCCUUAAGGUCGAUUAUUUAUAGUCGGAUGAUCACGCAGACUGGAUCUGAGAAGUUGAACUGAUAAUGUGAGAAACAUUGGCCUGUCAUUAACUAUAGCUCUCUGUUUCUUAUACUAUAGUUCAAUUACUGUGAUGAAGGAGAACUUACAAUUAACACACUGAUUAAUGCGAUGGUACGUGACUUUUUCCCAUAUAACUUAUCUUUAGAAUGUUUUUUUUGUAUAUCUGUCACUGGAGGUAGCAGAAGCCAGGAUUCGACAAAGUGUGUCUGAAACAUUUCCACGCUUUUCCAGUAUAUACCUUUUUUUUUUUUUCCCUUUUUCUUCUUAGUUAGUGUAAACAGUGAAAAAGACGUAACAGAUGCAGGACAUCGUUGUUUAGGUCAUUCGUUCUUUAGUAGCAUUAAUGUAGUACGUGUCUGUAUUAAUCAUCCAUUAAAUCAGUGCCACCUGUAAUGACGUGUGCUCUGAGAGUAAUGUCCCUGCUAUGUAGCUCUAAGUACUAAAUCUAACAACUUGUUCCAUUUACAUCUUACAGUUACAGUCACAGAUACAGUUACGCAGUCUGUACACUACGCUAAUUCUUUCUGCCUCUUCAUUCUUACAUUUCAUAAACAUCACAUUUCAUCGCACUGACUUUAUAUUUAAUUUAUUUUUUAAAAAAUCACAUCUGUAAAAAUCACACCUGAUAUGUAUUAGAAUUACAAAAGCUAAUGCCAAUUGUAUGUUGUCAGCCCCGUUGAUGUCCUAAUACGUGUUAUUUUGUGCUCAUUGAAAUGGCACGCGUUUGCUUAAUAGUUGCUGCUGUAUUUCCUUUCACACUGGUUUAACAUUUCAAUGUAGAUGGGGGUGAAUUAUAAAAAGAGCAAUGAUGUUGGUUACAAUUAUUCUAACGCCAUUUUUAAAUACCAGUCUAAAACGCCAUAAUAAUUAUUAUUACUUUACCUCAUGCCCAUUCCACAAUAAAGACCACAAAGCUCUAUAUCGUGCCCACUAAUAGGACCGGAUAUAUUUGAAUAUAUUUUACUGAAUGUGUUCACCUGUUCAAUCCAGUCAUACAUAAUUCAUUGUUCUUAUGCUUGUAUGGUUUUUUGUUUUUUUACCAAAAAAUAUAUUUUAAAUAACAUUUACCCCAUUUUUAAAGCAAAAUACUAACAAAACGACGAAAUACGUCAGUGUUAUCAAACCUUUUACUUUUACUACCGUUAAAGUCUUCUACCUUCACGUGAGGUGAUAAGUAUUAAGUCACUGUUGCUCAUUAGCCUUUUAAUUACAAUAACGAUAAGAUGUAGUUUUAUCUGUUACACAUUUCAACAUGUAUUAAAGAGACAGGUGGCCUUUUGGCUUGAGCAAAUAGUUCUGAAAAAUGUUUUUUUAAUUUUUCAUUAAAGUUUUUAUUGAAGUAGUUUCUUUAAUCUGAAAACCAUCUAAAGACAAGUUCCAACAUCUAUCCAGUCGUUCACCAAACAUUCUAAUGAAAAGGUUUAAUAUUUUACUUGAAAAGAUAUUUAAUGGAAAAAUGUACUGCGAUAUAUAUUAGCAAAUGUUUCUAGCUAAGAAUAGUAGCGUGGAAAGUCAAUAUUAAAAACCCAUUUUUUAGUUUUAAUAAAUAAAUAAAUAAGCUUGUUUGUUGUUUUACUUCCCUUAGUACUCUAUGGAAUGUAAGUAUCAGUAUAUUUUUCUUGAGUCUGUCCUUUUGUCUUUAAUUCUGGAUCUAGUUCUGUCCUGUGUCUAUGUAUUUUUUUUUCUGAUUCCAUGUGUGUUUUUUUUUUUUUUUUUAUCCUUUUUAUUUUAUAACUGU